AUGUAUUAUGAGCUAGCUGAUUCUAUUGAAAAGUGUCCUGAACUUGAAGCACAGUUUGGUGAUGCCUUUAAUAGAACAAUUACACGUGUUAUGGAUGUUUUGCAAAAGUUAGGUUCAUUUGGUAAUUAUGAGAAUCUGGUAAAUCAUUCUGGCAAGAAGACUUCCUGUCUCUCUUUGCAUUGUGGAACACUCUUAGAGUGCAUACAUGCCUGGCUGGACCUAAUAUUGAGCUUUAGUGACAGUUUCCUUGAAGAUUACUUAGUUAUGAAUAAAACAGUUUCUGUACUUACUCAUGGGCUUGCAAAUAUUUUUGCUGCAUUGUAUGCCAAAGGAUUUGGUGUUUCACCAAAAGACCAGGAAGAUGGUACCCAUGAUGAUAUGACUAAAGAUGCUAAUGGAACAGGUAUGGGGGAAGGUGCUGGGGUAAAAGAUGUCAGCGAUCAGAUAGAAGAUGAAGAUCAGCUGCUUGGGGCAUCCGAAAAGCCAAGCAAAGAACAAGAUGCCUCGAAUGAUGUUCCAAGUAAGAAUGAAAAAGGAAUUGAGAUGGAGCAGGAUUUUGCCGCAGAUACAUUUAGUGUCAGUGAGGAUGACUCUGAAGAGGAUAAUAAUGAAGAAGAUGCUGAGGAUCAGCAAUUGGAGUCUGCUGUGGGGGAAACCGGAGAAAAGAGUGAAGUGGUUGAUGAGAAGCUUCAGGGCAAUGAUGAUGAUGACAAUCUAAAUAACAAUGAGAAGUAUGAAUCUGGGCCUUCAGUUAAGGACAGUGACAAGAGCAAUAGGGAGUUCAGAGGCAAGGAGGAUUCUUCUGGUGCAGCUGAUGAACCUGACGAAAAUAAAAUGGAUGAACUUGAGAAGGAAACUGGUAAGACUGAAAACCAGGCUGAUAUUGAUGAGAAUGAGAACAUUGAAGACCUGAACUUAAACAAAGAAGAAGCAUUUGCUGAUCCAACUGGAUUGGAUCUUGAUGAGCCGUUACAAAAUUCUUGUGAAGAUAUCAACAUGGAUGAAAAAGAGGAAAAUGAUGUCGAGGAUGAAAACGGUGAAGGUGAGGAAGAAGAAUCUGUUAAAGAUGACACUGAUGAAGGUAACUCGAAUCCUGUUGAUGAAACCAUGGAAGAGAUGGAGAGUGAAAGAAAUGAUCGAACCACAGAGAAGGAUGGAAUGGUGGAUGCAACUUCUGAUGAGAAGGAUGAUCUUGGCGAUGAUCACAAGGAGGAUCCCAAUUUGAACCAAAUGGCUGCAAGGAAAAAUGUUUCCGAGUCAGAAAUUUCUGAUAUCAAUGGUGAUCGUGUUCCUGAUGGGGGAACUGCGACGCGGGCAAACAGCGAGGCAUUAUAUGUGAGCAAUGUUGCACCCGAAGCAAACUGGGCUAAUAGCAGUGACAUCUACAAUGACCUUGCUCAGAGAAAUCUCACUUCCUCCAACAAUUCUGACUUGAAUAUCAUGACUGCCGACUCAUCAGAUGGUGGGAAGGUUGGUGAUCAUCAUCCAAAAUCAGAGUUCCCUCACCCAGAUGAUGCUCCAUUUCAUAAAAAACAAUCAAACCCUUACAGAAAUGUCAGGGAUGCAUUUCAGGAAUGGAAAGAAAUAGUCAGCAUCUCUGUUGAUCUUCAGGAUGAUAACAAGGAGUCACAGGAAGAAAUUCAGGAUGACAAUGCUAACGAGUAUGGUUAUGUCUCUGAGUUUGACAAAGGAACGGCUCAGGCUCUGGGACCUGCUACAGCUGAACAGGUUGAUGCUGAUGUCAAUGUCAAUAAGCCUGAUGAAAAUACUAUUCCGAAAGAGGAAGAUGGUAUCACUGAUAUAGAAAUAGAUGAGAAAAUUUCUGAUGAGUAUCCUAUUAGGCACUCUUCCUCAAUCAUUAAAAAUAAGAUCAACGAUCAGGUUCAGGUUUCCGAGUUAGAGGAGCAAGCAAAUCAUCAAUCCCUUGGAGACCAUAGACAUCAUGAUGGUGAUCAAAGAAACUUUUCAGAGUGCUUGGUCUCUGUAAAGAAGUCUUACAUGAGUGAGGAUGUAUAUCAACUCUACAGACUUUCUACAAGUGAAGAGAAAAUGGGACAAGUCCAGGACCUUGAAGAAGCUUCUGGCGAGGUCAAAAUUAAUGCGAGUGCUCUUUGGAAAAGAUACGAGGUGCUUACAACAAGGUUAUCCCAUGAGUUGGCUGAACAACUACGUCUUGUUAUGGAACCCACUCUUGCCAGCAAACUCCAAGGGGAUUAUAAGACUGGCAAAAGGAUUAACAUGAAGAAGGUCAUUCCGUACAUUGCUAGCCAUUACCAGAAAGAUAAAAUCUGGCUGAGGAGGACCAAGCCAAAUAAGCGAGAUUACCAAGUUAUUUUGCUGUUGAUGACUCCCACAGUAUGUUAGAAAGUGGUUGCAGUGAGGUUGCUCUUAAAGCUUUAACGACUGUUUGUCGUGCCAUGUCUCUAUUGGACGUUGGGAAUUUGGCUGUUGCCAGCUUCGGGAAGAGAGGAAACAUAAGGUUGUUGCAUGAUUUUGAUCA